UGGCUGACCAUUACUGAGCACUUCUUUAGUAUCUCUCUUUUGUCUCUCUAUCCGUUCCAUGUAUGCGCCCAGACUAUAAUUGAAACUUCACAAUCUCUAGCGUCUCGCCGUUGGCCGAAACUCACUCACUAAACCUACACACUCUUUCAUUCGCUUAUCAUGUCUCCCUGUGAACCCUCAAGUUCGCUUGAAAUUGUCACUAGACAUACAGAUUUUUCGUUCAAGGAUGGUAACAUUGCCUUGUUGGCUGGAAAAUGCUAUUUCCUCGUGCAUCAAGGUCUCCUCUGUCGUCAUUCUCCGGUUCUCAGAACUGCCUUGGAAUCUCUUGAAGAUGCCUCAACUUUUGUUUCCCUCGAAGGUCGGCCAGUGCUAGAAGUCCAAGACAGCUCAGAAGAUAUGUUCUAUUUCUUGAUAGCCUUGUAUGAUGGAAUACCUGAUCUGUCGUCUACUACUAAAUCUUUCGAAAUCGUCUCUGCUAUGCUGCGACUCACAACCAAGUAUCAAGUACAGCGUUUACGAAAUGAUCUUUUGCGAGGAUUCUCUAUCGUUUGGCCUUCAAGUUUAUCCCUAUGGGAUGCUCGUGAGGAGGCAAUGCUGAGCUCCGAUGGCGUAUACGAACCUCGAAAAUACACCCCUCAUCCAAUAUUCAUCAUCAAUCUAGCACGAUCAGUCAAUGCACCUGAGCUUUUACCUUCCGCUUUCUAUGAUCUCUCUCGGAGCCCUAUCAGCCACACUGCCGCAGGAUACAUCGCCUCAGGAACAGUAGAACGUCAUCGUCUUUCAGAAGAAGACUUAUUCAACCUCUUGAAAGGACGUGAAGAUGCCUCCAGAUUUCUGUCAACUUUCCUAGUAAACCAGCUUGAAGGUCGGAAACCUUCCUCCAAUUGCAUAUAUAUGCAGACUGGAAAUCAUCCUCGACGACGAUUCUGUCAACUCGCAUUUGAAAACGUCUUCUACGAUGUCCUCCGCGCCACGAAUAGCCUCGUCUGCCACCGUAGCUGUGAUCCUUUGUUCACCAUCAUGGACACCGAAAUGAUAUAUGAAAGAGGUGAUGGAGGGUUUUUGCGUCCAUGUGAAUACUGUCGCUCAGAGUUUCAUGCCGAAGUGGAAGCUGCCCGGGAUGAAUUUUGGAAUUCACUGCCUGAAUGGUUUGGCAAUACCCAGGUAUCUGUGUGGGGUUGAGAUAAGACUGUCGAUGGCAAUGAACCUUCAUUUCUGGUUCAAGAGAUUUGUUAUGUGUUUUUUGCUGAGAUGUUCUUUCCGUUGUACCAGUGGCCGCUACAUUGAGUAGAAGGUGAUGACAAUUCACAUGAACAUCUAAUCAUGAAGGUUACUUUCGCAAAUUUUGGCAAGAAAUAUUGUAUAAUAAUUCACAUGUAGAUCCUGU